UUAAUCCCCAACAAGACAAGACGAGUAGAAAGACAACGUCCUAAAUGACCUCUCUCAUGCAUGCAUUGUGUGUGAAAUUUUUAUAAUCCUUAUUAAUUUUGUGAUGAUCCUUUUUUCUGCUUAGUUAGUUUCACUGCAAUUGUAAAACUUACUCUGUUUCCAUACGACCCCGUUUCAGCUUCCCAAGUCAGACCUACGAAUAUGAUCCCCAAUAUUCUUUCUAUGGCGAUGAUCUCAAUCUCAUGGCUCUUGAUUUCUCUGUUUCUGAUGUUAAACCCUAUAAUUAUUACAGCAGCAGCUACAAUUUACUCCCAUCUGAACUCCUCCACAAUAUUCAGAUCUUUUCAAAACGACAACGUAAUGGUAGGAUUGGAGAAGCUAGGGGUGGGGCAGUUGGUGGGACCAGAAGAUUUGGCUUACGAUACUCGGUCUGGGCUCAUUUACACGGGCUGUGCAGACGGGUGGAUCAAGAGGGUCAAAGUGAACAAGUCAAAUUCACACGUGACGGUGGAGAACUGGGUUAAAACAGGUGGAAGGCCUCUUGGACUGGCUUUCGGACGUAAUAAAGAAGUUAUAGUCGCUGAUCCCCAAAAGGGGUUGCUGAACGUAUCGAGACACGGAAAAGUGAGGCUUUUGACGGAUCAGGCAGAGGGAGUGAAGUUCAGAUUGACAGACAGCGUGGACGUAGCAAAAGAUGGGAUGGUUUAUUUCGCAGAUGCUUCAUAUAAAUACAGUUUAAGCGAAUUCACUUUGGAUUUCUUGGAAGGCAAGCCCCAUGGCAGAUUGCUGAGCUAUAACCCAAGAACUAAAAGAACCAGAGUGCUCGUCCGCGACCUUUACUUUGCUAAUGGAGUCGCUGUCUCUCCCGAUCAAAAUUCCAUAGUCUUUUGUGAAACCGCCAUGGUGAGAUGCAGAAAAUAUCACAGACGGGGCACAAAAAAUGGCACCGUUACAAGUUUUGUAGAUAAUCUGCCUGGCCUACCUGAUAACAUUCGUUAUGCUGGAAAAGGCAAUUACUGGAUUGCAUUGGCUGCGGCACCAACACGUGAUUUGGAUUUGGCCCUGAUGAGACACUCUUUGAUGAAUCUGACACUGAAGGAAAAGUACGUUGGGAUGCGUGUAGAUUUAAUAAAUAAGGGUGGGGUUCUGAAAGUCGAUACAAAAGGAAAUCGGAAAGCACACUAUUUCAACCCGGAAUUGUCGUUGAUUUCUAGUGGGAAAAAGAUUGGGAACCAUCUUUAUUGUGGUUCAUUAUUCUAUUCAUAUAUAAUACGCAUCAAUCUUCGAAACCAUUCACAACCCACCUGAACAAAUUGCGAACUUAGAUUAGAAAAAACCAUGUACAAAUAUGUUUACUUUAUUUGUAUAUGAAUAUGACUCUCUAGCUAGGAUUUGGAUCAGUCCCAGACCACAAAGGCAAACAUAUAGGGCCACCUAUUUUAAAUUUGUUAUUAGAGUUUUGUGAAAUCUAUUAUUUCCUUUUGCAGAAAAUCAAAUUUGUCACAGCCGAAUAACAAAAUCAUUACUUUCUCUAAUAUAAAAGUCUUUCUAUUCAUUAAAAUA